GAGAUUUUUCCAUUUCCAAUUUUUUUUUUCGCCUAAAUUUUUAUGUUUUGCCAUGGACACUACAAAGUGCCACGUGGCAAUAAUCCCUAGUCCUGGAGUGGGCCAGAUCAUUCCCCUCUUGGAAUUUGCCAAGCGUCUGGUGUCUCUCCACGGCUUCCACGUCAGCUUCUUCAUCCUAACCACCGAUGCCUCAACGGCCCAAUCCCAACUGAUCCGAUCAACGUCCGUUCCCGACGGUCUCCACAUCAUCCAGCUUCGGCAGGAUUCGUCGUCAAUGACCCGCAUAUCUAAGGUGAUUAGAGAAUCGAUACCGUUGCUCCGGUCCGCAAUUACUGACCUAGCGAAUCCAACGGUCCUGAUCGUCGACAUCUUCGGCACAGAUGUCUUCGAGAUCGCCGAUGAUCUACGGAUGCUCAAGUACCUGUUCUUCACAUCAUCUGCAUCGUUGCUCGCGCUCAUGAUGCAUCUGCCGACGCUGGAUCAGGAAAUCAACGGUGAGUACAUCGAUCUCCCCGAACCGCUGCAAAUUCCUGGUUGCAAUCCGAUUCGGAUCGACGACUUGGUUGAUUCAUUACGCGAUCGGAGAAAUGAACGGUACAGAUCGUUCCUACACCAUGCUCACAGGUUCCGAAUGGCCCACGGUAUUCUAAUCAACACGUGCGAAGAUCUGGAGCCGAAAACAAUCAGCACGUUGAGAGAGAACGAUACCCUAAUGCAAAACCCCACCCCACGUGUGUAUCCAGUGGGCCCACUAAUAAGAUCAGACCGUCCGUUUUUUCAUGGACCGGCGUGUCUUACGUGGCUGGACAUGCACCCACCUGAGUCUGUUCUGUUUGUAGCAUUUGGAAGCGGUGGGACCCUAUCAGCUAAGCAGAUUACUGAGCUGGCAUGGGGGUUGGAGCUGAGUCAGCAACGGUUUAUCUGGGUGGUCCGUCCACCUAGCGGAAGGGAUGGUCCACGGAAUGUCAGGGUCUCGAUGGACGGCUCUGAUGAUCCGUUGGACUACUUGCCAGAUGGAUUCCUGACUCGGACCCGGGGUGUUGGGCUCGUGGUCCACACGUUCGGCCCACAGAUAGAGAUACUAGGCCACAUUUCAACGGCUGGAUUUCUAACACAUUGCGGAUGGAAUUCAACGAUGGAGAGUAUCAUGCACGGUGUGCCCAUGAUCGUGUGGCCACUCUACGCUGAGCAGAGGAUGAACGCUGCAAUGCUGGCCGAUGAUCUAAAGGUGGCGGUCCGAUCGGAACCGUUGAAUGGAGUGGUUGGACGAGAGGAGUUAGAGAGGGUGGUGAGAUUAGUGAUUGACGGUGAAGAAGGGAAGACCAUGCGGGCCAGGGUGAAAAAGCUCAAAGAUGCUGCCUUGAGAGCUUUGGAUGAAGGAGGCUCUUCUUGCAAUUCCCUCUCUCAUGUAGUCAGUGAAUGGAAAGUGAAUCUCCAAAACAUGGAUGAAAAUGUACAGUAGUUUCAAAGUGGAGCAUAAUCUGAGCCGUUGAUAAUGUGUCCUAUGUAAAGAUCGAGUGGAGAAAGAAAAUAAUUCUUAUCAUUAUCUUC